UACCUUUUCCUAACAAAAAAUGACAUUUUCUCUGCAUCCAUGAGAACUCCAGAUAAGGACCCCUAUUCAUGCAAUGCAACAGGACCAUCAGGGUGAUCGCUAUAGUAGUACUGAUAUGGGAAUAAUCGCUGAUGAUUGACAGAGAUCACACUAGAGGUAUUGAGCUGCUUUUCUUUGUUCCCAAUUGUAUAAUCACAAUUAAGGAUGUUAACGAUGCAGUGAGGGGAUUGCUUGCAGGUUUGCUGGUGAAUAUUUUCCACUUACUUUAUAAGGUGUUCAUAUGGAAAGCGGAGUAGAAACUGUUUUUCCUACGUUUCUUAAUUUGACGGGCUGUUCUCUCAUGCUGAUGUUUUCUUUGGUGAUAGGUGGGGAGACUUUAACUUAGCAGUUCCCAGUUUUCCAACAUUUGAGAUUGGGGUUUUGAAGUUCCACGUUACAAAAGUGUACACAGCUCACAAGGCCCUGUUGCAUAGCAGCAGCUUUAACUCCACCUUAACAAAGGUUUUGUAAGUGAUUUCUCUGGAGGGUUCUAACAGCUUAUGUUAAGUUGACUUGGCAGAAGAGCACUACCUUCCUAUUCUGGAAUCCUGUUGGGGAACUAGAUCCUGCCACUGUUACAGACUAUUUGUUAUGAUGAUGUAGAUCAUCAAAAAGCUGACUGGGUUAGCAUCCAUGAAAAAAUAUGCCAGUUGUUGAUUCCAAUUCGUACAUCAUUUCCAUUUUUCAAUUCUGAAAAAGAAAGAAAACAUGGCAUGGAACAGCUUCUUCACAGGCAGAAACACUUAGUUGACCUUACUCACAAAGUGGCCCAGAAGUUUGUGUUUGAAGGAAAACAUGAAGAAGCAAUUCCUGCAGCUUUACAUUCACUGCGUUUCAGCAUUGAUACCUGUGGUCCAGAUUCUGUGGAAUUAGUUCCUGCUUAUCUCAUCUUAGCUGAGGCUAGCACUGGUCUUGGCCAUCUUACCCAGGCAGAGGAAUACCUCUCACAAGCUCAAUGGAUUGUCCUCAAAACUUCUGACUGCAGUAAUGGCAUUCAGUCUAAAUUGCAUCGUAACCUGGGUCUCCUCUAUGCUGCUAAAGGAAAUUUUGAAGAGUCUUUAUACCACCUGGCUACUGAUAUUUACUUUGCCAGUUGUGCAUUUGGAACACAUGACAUUAGUACAUCUGGAGGUUAUUUCCACAUGGCUAAUGUGUUCUUUCGUCAGAACAAAAUGGACAUUGCAGACUCACUAUACACUGAGGUAACUGAUAUCUGGCAUGCCCAUUUCAGUAGACUGAUUCGAGUCCAAUCACAAACUCUCACGUCUCCAGCAGAAAUUAAUAUAUUGUCUGAAGAAGAGGAAAUCAGUGAAGAACCUCUGAAUGAAGCUCAGCAAGCCGAAGCAAGCCAAGUACUGAACGCAAUAUUAGAUAUCAAAGAACAGGCACCAAAGCAACAACCUGCUAAAACUGCCAGCGUUGUACAUGCUCUUGCAAUGCUUCAUUACUUGAUCUUGGAUUUACCAAAGGCUCAUGAACUUGGGAUGAAAGCUUUUCUAAUAGCCAAACAGCUGCCAAACCAAGAUGCAUCAGAAGCUAUUCAUCGUCUCUUAAAAUUGAUUAAAUCCAAACUUUGCUACACAAAAUAGGGUCUAGUUUCUUCACCUCCAUCUUUUCAACUAGAUGGCAUUAUGAACGUCAUACUUUUGCCUGCUAUCACCUGUCUAGAAACAGUCUCUGUAUAUUUGUUUGCUUUUAUUAAAAUUACACUUUAUACCA